AUGGCCGACCUCAAACCCCUCCUCAAGAAACUCUGGCCCAUCCCCGCCGGCGGCAGCCAAGUCACCGCCGACGAGAUCGCCGAAGCCAUCUCCCACUUCUUCACCAACCAGGUCUCGACCGCCCAGGCCGCCUCCCUCCUCAUCGCCCUGCACUUCACCAACCUCGACCGCAACGCCGACGUCAUGGCCGCCUCGGCCGCCGCCAUGCGCCGCGCCGCCGCCCAGGUCGACAUCCCCUCCCUCCGCGCCGUCGUCUCCGCCAAGCGCCUCGCCGCCGGCGACUACCGCGGCGGGCUCUGCGACAUCGUCGGCACGGGCGGCGACUCGCACAACACCUUCAACAUCUCCACCACCGCCUCCGUCGUCGCCUCCGCCUGCCUCGUCGUCAGCAAGCACGGCAACAAGGCUUCGACCUCCAAGAGCGGCUCCGCCGACCUGGUCGCCCACAUGCGGCCCGUCGCCCCCGUCCUCGCCGCCGUCGCCCCCCGCAGCCUGAGCCGCGUCUACGCCGCCACCAACUACGCCUUCCUGUUCGCCCCCGUCUUCCACCCGGGCAUGCGCUUCGUGGCCCCGCUGCGCAGGGAACUCCCCUGGCGGACCAUCUUCAACCUGCUCGGCCCCCUGGCGAGCCCGGUCGAGGACGCCCUCGAGGCGCGCGUCAUCGGCGUCGCGCGCCGCGAGCUGGGCCCCGUCUUCGCCCGCGCCCUCGCCGUCGCCGGGUGUCGUAAAGCCCUCGUCGUGUGCGGCGAGGAGGAGCUGGACGAGGUGAGCUGCGCGGGGCCCACCCUCUGCUGGCGCCUGCGCGAGUCGGGCCACCAUGACCAAACGGUCGUGGGUGCGGGGGAGGCGGCGCCGGGGGUCGUGACGGAGCAUUUCAAGGUUCGCCCUGCGGAUUUCGGCCUCUCGGUCCACCCGCUCGAUACGGUGUCGCCCGGCAAGGAACCGUCGGAAAAUGCGGACAUUCUGAAGCGCAUUCUUGGUGGCGAACUCCCCGAUGAUGACCCCAUUUUGGAGUUUGUUCUCAUGAACACCGCUGCGUUGUUUGUUGCUUCGGGUAUUUGCGAGGCUGACUCGAGCGCCAUGGGUCCCGGUGAUGAUGGGAACGUUAUUACUGAGCGAGGACCUGGCGGCGAGAGGUGGAAGGAGGGCGUGCGGAGGGCGCGCUGGGCCAUCAAGAGCGGCGAGGCUUGGAGACAGUGGGAGGCUUUUGUCCAGGUUACGAAUGAUAUUGGCGGUGUUUUGCCUUGA